UUGUUUUGUGGUACGUCGGCUACAGACGCUGACGUCAGGCUGCGUGCCGCCAUUACGCGGUUGUCGAGGUGAGGUUCAACAUGCAAAUAUGGGGAAGUGCAAAUUUAACGACAAGUGGAUGGAAGAGGAUGUAAUUAGGAGGUGGUUGGCGCCGGCUGAAAACAAAAAUGAGGCAAUGUGUAAAUACUGCAAAAAUACUUUUUCAUUAGGGACCAUGGGGCUCAAAGCUGUCGAGUUGCAUAUGAAAGGAGGAAAGCACCAGCGGUUUGUGGCAGCAGCUAGCCAUAGUGGGGACAGGCUAACCCCUGCAUUGUUUGCAGCACAACCGAACGCUUCAAAUUCAGGCGCUAACGUUACCUCUCAGUCGCCUAUAACAAAUUUCGUUUUACCGCCAGACAUUCAAAAGGCAGAGGUACUGUGGGUUCUCCAUACUGUGACGAGGCACAAUUCAUUUAAAUCUAACGAGGACAUACGUAGCGUCUUUCAAGCCAUGUUUCCCGAUUCGCAGCAUGCAAAGUCAUUCACCUGUGGUGAAAAUAAAACCGCGUAUGUCGCGAAAUAUGGCAUCGCUUCCUUCAUCAAGAAGGAGCUAUCGUGCAGUGUUAGUGAGAAGCCAUAUGUUGUCAUGUUUGAUGAAAGCAUGAAUAAAACGACAAAGAGCAAACAAAUGGACAUUCAUUUGCGUUUCUGGACUACUAAUGUUGAGACUGGCACACACCACGUCAUCUCCCGCUACUAUGGGUCGGAGUUCAUGGGUCACUCCAGAGCUGAGGACAUGUUGGGUCAUUUCAAUGAAGGUACAAAGGAGUUGAAUCUAAAUAACAUGCUCUCACUGUCAAUGGAUGGGCCCGCUGUAAAUUGGAAGUUUGUUGAACUCUUACAAGAGGAACACAGAGAGCAGUGUGGUGGAGCCCAACUACAAAUAAUUGGGAGUUGUGGCCUUCACACGAUGCACAACUCGUUCAAGAACGGCUUUGCGGUGUGGCAAGUUGAGAAAGUCCUGAAAGCCCUUCACUACCUGUUUCAUUGUGCACCUGCUAGGAGAGAAGACUUUGUGUUAGUGACCAAGUGUGAUACAUUUCCUCUUCCAUUUUGUGGACAUCGAUGGCUGGAAAACCUUCCAGCAGUGGAGAGAGCCAUUGAAAUUUGGCCAUAUAUUGUCACCUGUGUGGAUCAGUCAAAGCCAAGAAGCUCCCCAAUCCAAGGUCAUCGUCAUAUGACACCAUCGCAGAAGCCCGGAUGGAUCCAUUCAUCUUGGCAAAGUUGCACUUCUUCAUGAGUGUCUCAAGAAGUUUCCAGCCAUUUCUCACCAAGUACCAGACAGAUGCCCCGAUGAUUCCCUUCCUCGGCAGAGAUUUGGAGGAUCUAAUCAGGAGCCUUCUCGGACGCUUCAUAAAGCGAGACGUCCAGGUUGAUGUUUCCCCUGUAAAGCUGGUCAAGAUUGAUGUUACAGACCAAAAGCUUUGGGUCACUCCAAAGCAAGUGGACAUCGGCAUGGGAGCCACAGCUGCCCUCAAGGGAAUGUCAGGCAGUCAGAUUGGUGGAAGUGAGCGUGAUGUGUUACUAUUCAUGCGAGACAGUCAGAAUGCUCUGUCAAAAAUUUGUCAGAACAUUUUAUUGAAGUGCCCCCUGAAGUACCCCUCUGUCCGAAAUAUGAUGUGCCUGGACCCCCAAAAUAUGCACAGUGAACCAGACAUGUGCCUGCAAAAAAUGAAGGCCCUCAUCAUGAAAUUUGUGCAGGAUAAGAAGCUGUCAGGAGGAGUCACAGCGGGUGAUAAGAUUGCCCAACAAUUUCAAAAGUUCCUCUUCAGUGAGGCCAGAGGAGAGGAAUUCAUGGCCUUCAGUGCAUUGGAUGGAAAAUCGCGAGUUGACAGCUUCCUGCAUAAGGCCAUGAAUGGUUAUGCAGAACUUUGGAGCUUUGUGGAAAAGCUGCUGCUUCUGUCUCAUGGACAAGCUACUGUGGAGCGUGGGUUCUCCAUAAACAAGGAGGUGGAGUUGUGCAAUAUGAAUGAAGACACUAUAGUCUCACAGAGACUAAUCUGCGACUAUGUGAGGAUGUGUGGUGGGGUGGUGAAAGUACCACUAACUAAAGAGCUGCUAAAUGAGUGUGCAUCUGCACGCAACCGGUACAGGAUCUUUUUGGAAGAUGAGAGGAAGAAAAAGGAAAAGACAAAACAGGUGAACAAGAGGAAAGGGGCUGAAGAUGAGCUUGAAGAGCUACGCAAGAAAAGAAGAACAAUUUCCACUGUGUGUGAAACUCUAGAAAAGGAUGCAGAUGGCCUUGCAGAGAAGGCUGAGAAUAGUGGAGGGACCAAGAUGACAGAACUUCUUACUAAAUCCAAUUCCAUGAGAAAAAGAUGCAAGGAAAAGAGAGGGGAGUUGAUUGACUUAGACCGUGAAAUUGAGAAGAGAGUGGCAGAGCUACGCCACAUGUCUUGAGGAGAAUUUGGGAUGUUACGAAACAGUGGACCACUCUAUUCAUUGGUUUCUCUGAAUAAGAGUCAUGUGAUAACAUUUGUGUUUUCAAAUAGUUAUGCACAUUAUUUUGUUAACUUUUUUAAGUGUUAUUAUUUUCAUUAUUCAAUAUGGUACCCUUAUGCAAUGCACUGUGUUGUUUAGUGUAGUCCAAUGUAUGCAUGUUAUGUUGGCUUUGUUCUGCAUCACAAAGAAACAAAAUGAAAAAAAAAAGGAACAUUCCAACUAAGUUUUGAUUGUGUUUACAUCUAUAUUGGCCAAAAAGUUUUGGAAGUAUUAUUGUCAGUUAUUAUACUGUCUCCUAAUUAAAAAAAAAAACGUUCUCAUGAAAAAGUAAUUUUGCACAGU